ACACAGGGCCUGCCUUCCUGCAGCGUCUUCCGUUCGCCGGCUGCGGCGCCUGGGACGGUUGCGGUGGGUCUGGGCGUUGGGAAGCCGUCCAAGAUGAUUAAAAAAUUCGACAAGAAGGACGAAGAGUCUGGUAGUGGUUCCAAUCCUUUCCAGCAUUUGGAGAAGAGUGCUGUCUUACAGGAGGCACGCAUAUUCAACGAAACACCCAUCAAUCCAAGAAGAUGUUUGCAUAUCUUGACAAAGAUUCUUUACUUACUCAACCAGGGUGAACACUUCGGAACUAUGGAAGCUACAGAAGCCUUCUUUGCAAUGACUCGAUUGUUUCAGUCUAAUGAUCAAACACUGAGGAGAAUGUGCUACCUCACUAUCAAGGAAAUGGCCACCAUCUCUGAGGAUGUGAUCAUUGUCACAAGCAGUCUGACCAAGGACAUGACUGGAAAGGAAGAUGUGUACCGGGGCCCAGCCAUCAGGGCUCUCUGCAGAAUCACAGAUGGAACAAUGUUACAAGCCAUUGAAAGAUACAUGAAGCAGGCCAUUGUGGAUAAAGUUUCCAGUGUAUCCAGUUCAGCACUGGUCUCUUCCUUACACAUGAUGAAGAUAAGCUAUGACGUGGUUAAACGAUGGAUCAAUGAAGCCCAAGAAGCUGCAUCAAGUGACAAUAUCAUGGUGCAGUACCACGCAUUGGGAGUGCUCUACCACCUUAGGAAGAAUGAUCGGCUUGCUGUCUCCAAGAUGUUAAAUAAAUUUACCAAAUCUGGUCUCAAGUCACAGUUUGCAUACUGUAUGCUGAUUCGAAUUGCUAGUCGAUUACUGAAGGAAAGCGAGGAUGGUCAUGAAAGUCCACUCUUUGAUUUCAUUGAGAGCUGCUUGCGAAAUAAACACGAAAUGGUUAUUUAUGAAGCUGCUUCUGCCAUUAUUCAUCUUCCUAACUGUACUGCAAGAGAGCUGGCACCUGCUGUCUCAGUUCUUCAACUUUUCUGUAGCUCUCCUAAACCAGCCUUGAGAUAUGCAGCUGUGAGGACCCUCAACAAAGUGGCAAUGAAGCACCCCUCUGCUGUUACUGCCUGCAAUCUGGACUUAGAAAACUUAAUCACAGACUCAAACAGAAGCAUUGCUACCCUGGCCAUUACAACAUUGCUCAAAACAGGAAGUGAGGGCAGUGUGGACAGACUUAUGAAGCAGAUAUCUUCUUUUGUGUCUGAAAUCUCAGAUGAGUUCAAGGUGGUUGUCGUACAAGCAAUCAGUGCUCUCUGUCACAAGUACCCUCGGAAGCACAGCGUCAUGAUGACCUUUCUCUCCAACAUGCUUCGAGAUGAUGGAGGUUUUGAAUACAAAAAGGCCAUUGUGGACUGCAUAAUCAGCAUUGUGGAAGAGAACCCUGAGAGUAAAGAAGCUGGUCUAGCCCACCUCUGUGAAUUCAUUGAAGACUGUGAACACACCGUUCUGGCUACUAAAAUUCUCCACUUACUGGGCAAAGAGGGCCCUAGAACUCCUGUCCCCUCCAAAUAUAUCAGAUUCAUUUUUAAUAGGGUAGUCCUGGAGAAUGAGGCUGUCAGAGCCGCUGCUGUGAGUGCUUUGGCUAAAUUUGGGGCUCAGAAUGAGAGCCUUCUGCCUAGCAUCCUUGUACUCUUACAAAGGUGUAUGAUGGAUACUGAUGACGAGGUACGGGACCGAGCUACCUUCUACCUGAACGUGCUACAGCAGAGACAGAUGGCCCUGAAUGCUACAUAUAUCUUCAAUGGUCUGACAGUCUCUAUACCAGGGAUGGAAAAGGCCUUACACCAAUAUACAUUGGAGCCUUCAGAAAAACCCUUUGAUAUGAAGUCAAUUCCUCUUGCUAUGGCUCCUGUCUUUGAACAGAAGUCAGAAAUCACACUUGUGACUCCUAAGCCAGAGAAGUUGGCUCCUUCCAGGCAAGACAUUUUCCAAGAACAAUUGGCUGCCAUUCCUGAGUUUGUGAACCUGGGUCCCUUGUUCAAGUCUUCCGAGCCUGUGCAGCUUACAGAAGCAGAGACAGAGUAUUUCGUUCGCUGUGUGAAGCACAUGUUUACUGACCAUAUUGUAUUCCAGUUUGACUGUACCAACACUCUGAAUGACCAGCUGCUGGAGAAAGUAACAGUGCAGAUGGAACCAUCCGAUUCCUAUGAAGUGCUGUGCUGCAUCCCAGCGCCCAGCCUCACCUACAAUCAGCCAGGAAUAUGCUAUACACUUGUUCGCUUGCCAGAUGAGGAUCCUACAGCAGGUACUAACUCUUAG